GAGUCAAUCACGAGGUAACAAAUGUUCUUCAAGAAACGCAAAUGCCAAUCGUGGAUACAAAAAGUUGCGUUUCUUCUAAACCAGAGUUUUUCGAAAAAUUUACAACCAACAAAACGUUUUGCGCCGGUUACAAAAAUGGUACAUCAGUUUGUAACGGAGAUUCAGGAGGUGGUAUGUUCUUCAGAAAUGAAAAUGUAUGGUAUUUAAGAGGUAUCGUUUCGGUAAGUUUAGCUUUGCAGAGGAAAUACUGCGAUCCGCACAACUACGUCGUAUUCACUGAUUUGGCUGCAUAUAUUGAUUUUGUACAAUCCAACAUAAUUAGGCCAUGAUACUAUUAUUAAUCGUUUGUUACAAAUACGGCGAUACCUCGCAUAGUUUGGGUUCGAUUAGGCCGGAUUCUCUA